AUCAGCAGCUAUUCCCUAGUGAUUCAGGCCCAUGACUCAGGACUGCCCAUUUUGCUCAGUUCUGCAGUGGUCAGUGUCACAGUGACCGAUGCUAACGACAACGCUCCAGUCUUCUCACAGGAUGUCUACUGGGGGCUGGUGCAGGAGGGUCGCAGGACUGGUAUAGAAGUGGUUACUCUCAGUGUCUCUGAUGCUGACCUCCCUGAGAAUGGGCCACCGUUCGUGUUCCACAUCAUUCAAGGCAACGAGAAUGGGGAGUUCCAUGUGGAUAGUGCUGGGGUCAUCAGUACGGCUGGCAGGUUGUUCAAAACUGUCCAGGAGAA